AUGUCUGGAAAAAUCGACUUGGGGAGUCUUACGAACGCUACGUUUACAUCAGGAGACACCAUCAAAGGUGUAUUAAAGCUCCGGUUUGAAUCUGCAGAGACGGUUCGCAAUAUUCAACUUAAGCUAGAAGGUGUUGCCUUUUCACGAACACCCAUUCCUCAAGAUGAAGAAGACCGUCGACGAAGGCGUAAAGAAAACUAUGCCAUUGAGAUCCACAAAUUCCUUUACCUUACAGAAACCGUGUUCCCACCCCGGGCUGUAGAUGAAGCCUCCUCGUCCCACCAGUUUACUCUACCGGCUGGUGAGCACCAGUACCCGUUUUCUUUUAAGAUUCCAAAUAACGCAGACUGCGAUCGUGUCAAGCAACCUGGAUCGUUGUCUUUAUCGCGACUUGUGAUUGAUAGCAGUGGCAUUGACUAUGCACGUGAGGCCUCGGGACAUGUGCGCGGCCCUCUACCACCGGCACUUUCAGACAUGUCACAGAUUGCUUCGGUACGAUACUUUUUAAAGGCAACUGUUAAUAGAACUUCAUUUCUUAAGGUCAACUUGCGCAUAUAUCAGCCGUUUAUUUACAUUUCACCUGAUCGAAUUGAUCCCAACGUUGGCAUGAAUGAAAUUCGUUAUGCGCGCAGACAAAUUUCAUUGCCCCUGAAUGGAACAACUGCUUUGGCUCAGCAGCAACAACAACAGCAACAACAGCAGCAACAAAAGGGGUUUCUUAAGUCACUGUUUUCGUCUGGACCCAGUACACCUGCGGUGCCCAGUCUUAAUAUUAUGUUUGACAUGAGGUUCCCUACGUACAUAAAUCCGACGAGGGAGCUUCCGCUGCGGCUGUUUGUGAUGCACUUGAAGCCUCCCAGCAAGUCAGCUGCUACUUCUGGUAACGCGCCAACCAUUAUUCUGGAUGAUUUGAUCAUUAAGUUAUAUGCCAUCACCGACACACGGUCGCAGGCGUAUGCCAAGCGACAUACGCAUUCCAUCACGUUGAUGAAUCAAACUAAUAUGAAGAUUGCGUUGCCUGGAUCUGAGUUUUCUCCAGCAACAGUGCCCAAGCUAGGACAGGUCUGGGAGGCUGAACUUCCCUCCGGCAUUUGGGAGAAGGUGAGGAUUCCUGAUUCUGUUGCACCUAGCUUUAAUACUUGUAACAUUGCUCGGAGCUAUUCUUUGGAAGUUGUUGCUGGGUUUUCUUCAGCAAGUGGUAGUGGUGGCGGCAGCAGCAGCAGCAGCAGCAGCAACAGCAGCAACGGGGGCAGCCAUGGGUCUUCUUCUGCGGCUCAAUAUGUUUCUGUGAUUGGUGACAUUAAGAUUUUGGCAGGUAUCACGUCUAAAGAUUGGUCCGCGCCGCCUCCAAAACCCCCACGGCCUGCAACGGCAGCUACAAACGUAGACCCUGAAGCUGGGACUGAUGCACCGCCACCAUCUUACAAUGAAGUUAUUCGGGACGAAUUGGGGCAGCCGUCUGAGCGACGUACAUUCCAGCAAUCUACGGAAUAUUAUUCAAAUCUGGAGUCAUUAGAUACAGACACAAAGCAUUGA